CACACGCUUAUUACAUACUGAACAUCCUUCAGCUGCUUUCACUUUUCCCGUGUUGACAGAUCUUCAAACUGGUGGUAGGCCUUCCUUUGCGCUUUACAUACAGUACCCGCGCUCUAGCUUCUGGUUCUCUGCCUUUUGGUGCCCCCUUCCUGUCCGAGUAUCUGCGCCUAAUCUGACGCACCUUCUCACGUUCACGUGCGCUAUUGCAGAGGUGUCAUACCAAGCAGCACAGCGUGCAAACCUUCUCAGAGUCAUGGAGCAGCGCCCUCACCGUCAAUGAAUGAGCUGUUCUUCACUCAUCAUCUUAAAAAGUUUUCUGGCCUAGUACCUAGUUAACCAAGUUUUGUGGACGUCAAAGGCAAGGAAUCUGGCCAGGGGCAGUGCAGCGCUCCGCUCUCACUUAUCAUGAUCCUUCCUUCUCAGGAUGUCAAAAACACCACUAGCUUACGCGCUUAUGCUGGUUGCCCUGUGCGGCUUCUUCCUCUUCACCAAACCGGGGGGCGAUCUGAGGAAAACACUGAGGGGUGCUCGCAAACACGGGCCUCGGCUGAAACUUAUCAAAGAGGAUUUCAAUCUGGAGCUAGAGCACAUUCCUUUUGACCCGGUGAUAGCAGAGGUGGAGCAGAGGCGGGAGGAUGCGUCCUGGGAGAGGGCACACGCAUCAGACGUGCAGGGGCAUAAACCCGAAACGGCGCCCAGAACCGGCCACCCCGCCACAGGCAUCGACGACUUUCUCGACCACCACCUCGAGGGGACGCCCGACCUCGACCCCGACUUUGACGACGACGAUGACUACAUCAACUACCUCGAGGACGGCUUCAACUUCACGGCACGCAUCGAGGCGCUAUUUCCGAUGAUUGACAAAGACAGGAACGGGGCGAUCACGCUCGGGGAGAUGUGGGCCUGGCACCGGGAGCUUGCGACGAACCAGAGCCUGCACCGGAGCGAUCGGGAGAUGUCGGUGAUCUUGCACGGGAAGGAGGGGAAGGUGACACUAGCGGACUACUUGCACGACCCGAACGAGGGAAAGGAAGGCGCCAAGGAAUGGUCGGAGCAAAGUCUGAAGUGGGUAGCUGCCAGCAGACGGAAGUUUCCGCUAGCCGAUGCGGACGGGGAUGGGAAGCUGGACCGGUUUGAGUUCAACGACUUUUUGCACCCGGAAGACAGCGAUAACGAGAAGCUGCAGCGAUUUGUGCGGGAGGAGGAGAUCCGGGAGCGGGACACGGACGGCGACAGAAAGCUCUCGUUCGCCGAGUUUCUCGAGGGCAUGUACGACGUGUUGCGGGAUGUGAGAGCAGAGGAAGAGGAGGACGCCCGGUUGGGAGGCCCCGAUCACCGGCCCGACGGCCCGGGCUCCGACAUCGACGACCGGCAACGGCGGCCGGGGGGGCAGUGGUCGGGGAUCAAGCACCGGACGGACUACAUGCGGGAGCAGUCGGCGGUGGCGGACCGGCGCUUGAAAUGGGCGCAGCGGCGGUUUGAGGAAUUGAACCGGAAGCAAGACGGGUUUUUGACCGAGGACGAGUUGAUACCAGUGAUUGAUACGCUGAACCCUGGGGAGAGCUACUUCGCCAGGCUGCAAGCAGAGAGCCUCCUAAACCUGGCGGACGACAACAAAGACGGGGAAUUGUCUCUCCAGGAAAUGUUGAGGCACAAACAUUCAUUUUACCGAACGAUAGAUGAGGACGACGAAAUUUUCAUACAUGAUGAGUUUUAAUGGUAAUUGUCUGCUUUGAUCAGGUCACUUGCCUGCUCUUAACAUGUAGCUAAUAUGCCCUUAGAGGGUCAAAGGUUAAAGAGUAGAAGGGUGUGAGCAGGUAGGCAAAGAGACGUUUCAGUCUUGAGAAAAGCAGCGUGUGACUCUUGCACUGAUGGAUCCAACUGGAUGGCAUGGUCUGGGUGCUCAUACUUUAUGCGCGGCAACCGUUUGACCGUCGGAC